GAAGCAGUCAGAGGAAGCCGUCUGCCUUCCUGUCUCUGACAGCCGCGUCAAAGACAAAAAAAAUCACUAAACAGGCCCAAUUAAAGCUGAAAACCGUCUCCCUCUUCAGAUUCAGAUCUUCAAAUAGCAUCAGCCAUGUCGAAGAACACAGUGUCCGCCCGUUUCAGGCGGGUGGACGUGGAUGAGUACGACGAGAACAAAUUUGUGGACGAGGAGGACGGCGGAGAAAAUCAGUUGGGACCUGACGAGGCAGAGGUGGACUCCCUCAUCAGACAAGGGAAUCUCAUGGAGGCGUUACAUGCAGUCCUGAAGAACCCACCAAUAAAUACAAAGAAUCAGAACGUCAAGGAUCGAGCUGAGGGUCUAGUGCUGAAGGUGCUCAGUGCCUUCAAGAGCAGCGACAUCGAGAAAGCGGUGCAGUCGCUCGACAAGAACGGGGUAGACCUGCUGAUGAAAUACAUCUACAAAGGCUUUGAGAGACCUUCAGAAAACAGCAGCGCCGUCCUGCUGCAGUGGCAUGAAAAGGCUCUGGCUGCUGGAGGUGUGGGCAGCAUCGUCAGGGUACUAACGGCAAGGAAAACGGUCUAAAAGCAGACGGUCACAUCACUGACAUGCUGCACUGUUCCUCUACCAGAAGGCAUUGAAGCUGAAAGGAAAACCAGAUGUUCUUUUUACCCACUGAGAUGCUGAUUUACUUGAGGCAAAAAUGUAGGACUUGGAAAUGUGGAUCAAAGUGGGUUUGAAAGCUGAUUUUCUUUUUUUUUUUCCUUCUUUUUCAAUCAUCACAGCCUAAAGUCCUCACAGGGUGCUAAAAAUACCUUCCUACUACAUCUAUGUGCUGACCCCUUUCCACCAGUGAUUCCCAACUCUGAGAUCUGGGUUUGUAAAAAGCAGAUCUGCAUUUUAGCAGAUCUGCUAAAAUGCUAAAAUCUCUGGUUGCUCACCAGCAUUUUAGCAGAAACGCUGGUGGAACUUCAAUAAUCAAACCUUUUCUGUUCAUAUUUCUUCUGCAUUAUGUUGUUUUAGCUUCACAUCAGAGUGAAUAAAAGCAGUAAAUCCUCUGAGUGUAACACUCGAGCCGUGGGCGUCUGCAGAAAAGCACAGUUACAGAUGGCGGGUGAUAAUAUGAGCGGGUCGGCAUUCACCCUGGGGGGCAGCUGGGGGAGGAUUAAUACCCACGAUGCAUCUCAUGGUAAUCCCACUUUGCAGUUUUCUCACAUCCAUAUCCUCCCCUCUGCUAUUGAACAGGGCUUUGUGUGGCUAAACGGUACUGUUUUCAGGAAACUAUGUCGCAAUGAGAAUAUUUUAAGAUUAAUUUAACCUUAAAAAAAAUUUGCAUUAUUCCUUACUUUGUAAUUUUCCUCAUCCCCACUAAAUUGAAAUAAAAAAAACAGUUUUCCACAGAAAGCUUUUCUGUUGCAGAUUAGAUUUUUGUUUUGCCGUACAUCUAGAGGGGAUUUAAUUGAGCUGUUUAUAGUCUGCAUGAUCCCAUUUUUUAAAUUUAAAAUUAUAUGUUUCAUACCUGUCUUUUCUACAUAUCUUGUUUUGACACAAAUUAAAUAUUUUUGUGUGUUAAGCUUCAAGUUAAUUUCCUGCUUUACAUGUUUUAAAACAUCCUCUUGACUGUCGAUUCUUUAAAAACCAGAAAGUAACAGCAAGACUGACUAAAGUACAUUUUAUAAGAUGUUUUGUCUGCCUCAUAGGGUAGACUAUCUGUUGCCAAAUCCUUUGUUUUUCUUUAAUCUUAAUUAAGUAGCCUACUUAGGUGGCUAUUAGCUGAGCUUGUGUAUCAGAUGCAAGGUCUGUUGUGAUUCAACAUGUUGCAGUUUUGAGAAAAGCCUCCUCAGUGUGUAAACACUCAGUUUCAUCCAGUAUUUUACUCUCUGGUUGCUAUUUGAAUAUGGAUUAUGUUUUAAUUUUGUAAUCAAUUAUGAUGCAUCCAAACAUUAGGUACAGUUUCUAAUGCAGUAAUAAGACUUGACAUGAAGCCAGAGUUGUCUGAUGAGUUCCUCUGCUUUAUGUAGUUCUUUUGUGAUGCUCUUGAAGCCUGGAGGUGAGAAGACAAGGAACAGAGCAAACCUAUGUGCUAACUGCCUUACUCAAAUGUUUCUUUUUUAUGUUUGUGCUUUUUUUUUGGAAACAAUAAAAAGUAUGACUGCUGAUCAUA